AUGGCAUGGGAAAAACGGAAGGCCUCACGUUCACCAAGUUGUCCAUCCCACAAAAAGCACAAGAGUGGUGAUACCCAGAAAACCCUCAAGGCCCCCUCCCCUCUGAAGCCUUCAAAAGGAUCGCAUCAACGCAAGGCUGUCGCACGUAAGAAACCAAAAACGCGUGCCACUGUUGGUCCCAUCAAGAGUAAAAGCCUUUCAGUCCAGUGCCUUCGCCUUGGUCGGGUUCUUGCUCGUACUGGCAGCUCUUUCUCUGAUGUUGAUACUGUCCUCCAACUUGGAGUCUAUCGCUCCUUGAAGGGUGCUGGUGCCUAUGGUGAUCUCUCUGCGUCGUCAGAGAUCAAACAGAGCUGGAAAGAGUUGAGCAAAGGCUGGAGGAAAUGGCAUGUCUUCAUCUAUGACUUUGUCAAGGAGCAUUGUCCCGCAAUAUUUGCCCUCCUCAAACGCGCCAACUGCCUCCAGGAGCUUCAGAGCUGCGUUGAGGAUAUUCGCAGAGUCAUCGGCCGCACGCGAAACGAGGACUACGGCUCAUGCAAAGCAAACUUUUGCCUCUGGGCUGCUGACGACCCCGACUACCCUAUACAGUCUUUAGUUGGAGCCGGCUCUUCGCGAGAUGACAUGGGGUUCAAUCAUGACAAGCUCGCACGUCUGCUCCGCCCUGCCAUCUACCUGCAGGAGUUUGAUGAGAAUCCGGCCGAAGUUGCUCGUCAGAUGGCAGAAGGUACAGGCGAUUGGGAAGUCACGGCUGACUGGUUUCCCGCGUUUGUCUGGAAGGACUGUGCAUACAACCCCAACAAUGUAGGUGAAGGAAUGUUCGAGCACCCUGUCUUUUUGCGCGCCUUGAAGCGUGUUUUCCUUGGCCCGCAGGCUGCAACUGCUAAGAAACGCCGUGCUGUGAAGCAGCGCAGCAAUGCAGCUCUCAUGGAGACGUUCACGCUACGGUUCGCCCCGAGUCAGCAACCCCAGUGGGGAGUGACUGCUGAUGGCGAGUUUGUCUGGGAAGAUGCUCACAACAACUUGCUGGAGUUCCUCUGGCGCCAGCAAAACAAACCCUUUGUUGAGGCACUCAUCAAGUGGUUCAACAUUGAGAUCUUUGGACAUCCGAAAGGGCGGCGACUUGGCCGCUCUUCUCGUGCGGAUUCCGACAAGAAUGGCACAAAAUCGAAGCGUGGGGACUUGUUCCUUUUGGCGGCCCAGCUCGAAGCUGCCUCCUCUGAGGCUGCUGGCGACGCGACCACGGACAUCAAGAUGCAAGGUAAGGACCUUGAUGUUGACGUUGAUCAACCCGCCACAGUUGAAGCCGAGCUCGAAAGGUUUUCAUCCGAGUUAAAUCGCUCUGCCCGUGUCAACGCUGCCGAGCCCUCCAUCUGCGUCAGCAAGCCCUCUUCAACGUCGGAGCCAUGGUCCACUUCACACAAGCCCCAGCCUCCAAAGCGAUGCCCCAAGCCUUCACAGGCGACCACGAAGGCUAAUGCAGACGACAAUCGCAAGAACGUGCAGGUCAGCAGCUCGUCAUCGUCAUCAAGUUCCGAUGAUGAAGAGAAUGGCGCACCUGAAGACUCAAAGGAUAACACCGAUGAGGACGAGGAACUCGACAAGGAGCCUGACGAGGACGACGAGCCCGGUGGAGAUGGGGAAGCUGACGAGGGUGAAGAGGAGCUUGAUGAGGGCGAGGAUGAGAUUGGUGAGGACGAGGAUGACAACGAGGACACGGGCGAGGACACGGAUAAAGAGAAUGAGGCGCCGGGGCAGGGGAUUGAUGAUAAGGGUAAGCUCACCUUCCCCGGAUCAUCCUCCAUACCAUGCCGCCUUCGCAAACCGGCAACAUUGUGCUCCCCAGUCCCCACUCGUGCACAGGCUCCUCGUGCCGUGGCGGUAUAUGGUCGCGUCCACGCUUCCUCACCGACUCGCAACACCAGACCAAAGCCUCGGAAGGACGACUCGUCCCUCUCCGAGCUGGAGUCGAGCGAGCCGGAGGAGGAAGCGCCUGCACCAAGUACCAAGAAACGCGCUCAGGGCGAGGGCUCUCGUGGACGGCGUGGCCGUUCGCGAACUCGUGGUCAUGGGUGA